AUGGCGAGAAGGGCUGUCUUGCUAAGCUCCAGAUUUUAUCUGAUUUUUCUGAUGCUUUUUGUUAUUUUAAAUUCCCAAAAACCUACCAGAAAGCUAAAUAAUCAUGCUAUUAUUACUUAUGUAUCUAAUGGUCUCGAUGUUAAACAAUUUCCAUCGAGAAAUUCAAGAUUAUCGCGGAGUUGCUCCAAUAAACAACAGAUGCCGCCAUCUUUAAAGUUCAAAGCUGGAGUGUUCAUCUCUAAGGCUGGCUUUUUGGCGCUCAGUCUGGUUGUACUUGCUGGUGAUGUAUCCGUGAAUCCCGGUCCUGAUGCACUCAACGUAUCUUUCCUGUCCGACACUAAUUCUACAGGAACCGACUAUGAAUCUGAUUUGGAUAGUACCUCUGUGGAAUUUCCCUCCGAUGAUGAAUUCUGCGACCCAUAUCCUUUCUUUGAUUUGGGUCUUGGAAAUAAGGGGGUUCGCUUUGGUACCUGGAAUGUAAACAGACUGACUUCGUCUAAAUUUGAACAAAUCAAGCUCUUUCUCCUUGGUAGAGAUAAUCGCUCGCAAGUCGAUGUUCUGGCAUUGAAUGAGACAUUCUUAAAUUCUAAUGUUCCUGACGCAAUGUUUUCUGUACCGGGCUUUAGCACAUAUCGCAGGGAUAGGAUUGGUAAAACUGGAGGUGGCGUUAUGAUGUUUGUCAACAACUCACUUAAUCAUCGCAGAAGAACUGAUUUGGAAGAUUGUAACCUUGAGGUUAUUUGGGUGGAAAUCUGUCCCUUCAAAUCAAAACGUCCUCUGCUCUUUGCUGCUGUUUAUCGACCACCCUCUUAUUCCCAGGAUAUGGAUCACAAGCUCGACAAAAACAUUGAAUCUGCUUACUAAAUAAGGAAAC